AUGCAGCCGAGGUAUCAUACAACUUCCUCGUCGAGUGACAGCAGCAGCAGCAGCGGCGGCGACGAGGCUGCCAGCCUCACUGGGGGGCCGCACAACGCAGCCUCGGUGGACGACUGUGACUCCAUGCUGAGUUCGUUGGCAUCCCGCGUGUUUCUACAGGUCCUCUCCGCCCGUGUGCUGGGGACGCAGCUUGACGGAAGUCUUGGUGAAAUAGUCGAGGAUGACAACUGCAGCGACGCCAGCGAUGAGGAUUUUGGCGUUGACGAUGCCAAUUCACUGACGGCGGUGUCUUUGGCGCCGUCCAUGUCGGUCUCCUCCAUUGCUCGGGCUGAACAACUGCUGCAGAAGAGUGUGCCGCUCGUCAACGGGGGGCGGCAUGUUUCACUUACAAAGGAGGAUGUGGGUCGCAUCCGAGAUAGUGAGCUGCUGCGCUUUUUAGAGACGAACUCCGCUUUCUUCGUAAAGUACCUUCAUCGACAUGGCGACAGCGCGACGACGGAGGAAACAACUGCAACAGCAGGGGAUGCAGGUCCUGGUGAGAGGGUUAACAUCGAGCUGGAAAUCAGCAAUCUCGCCAACACGAUCGAGACGUUCAUAACGGCCUUCGACAAUGAUGGACAUGAGUAUCAUAUAUGCGUGGACAACGAGGGAAAACUUCUCGUGCCGGUCGCGGAGGAAGAUGACGUAGUCGAUGACAGCGCUACUGCUGCAGCAGAAGCCGUCACCGCCGAUAAUAUUAGUGCCGAAGGAGACGGGGGCGGGGACGACGUUUUGCUUGCCGGCACCGUGGAUAGUGCCAAGGGCGCAGAGAAUGACGCAGAGCAUGAAACACUAACAGAGGCAACCGUAGAAGAGAAGUCCGGGACGGGCGAGCGCUGCACACCUUUGAAUCGCGGCCGCCUCGGUCGCCAUGUGCGCCUGCGCUCGGCGUCCGUUACGCCACUCAAAACCCUGACGUCGUCAUCGCAACAAUCCCAACUUCAACAGCAACAGCGUAAGUCAACGAAGAAGAAAAAGAAGGGAAAACCUUCGUCAUCAUCAGGAGUAAAAGCAGGAGGGGUAGCGCUGGUAAGACGACAGCCAUUGCUACGGGUGCGCGGUGUCGGGCUCACGGCGGAAGAGGAUCGCCGAAUUGCGGAGGUCAUGCACACCGACUUCGCGGCUGAGCAGUCGCCCUACACCGUUGCUACCAACCGCCUCGCUGCUGUGGAGGAGCGACUGCGGUGGCUGCGGGAGGUCCGAGGCCCGCUUGAUGGUGGUGACACUGCGCCAGACGUUGAUGAUGAUGCGGGCAGUGACUACGGGAGAGAUGAUGGCGGUGCUAUCGACGACAGCACUAAAAGCACCGACGUGGCGGGAGACGCAGCAACAGCAACGCUGACCGAGGAGAAGCCUACGGCAAAGACGCUUGGUGACGCAUACAUGCGUGAGGUGCGUGAGAUGAGGCGGCGGCAGGCACGCAUGCAAAGAAUCAAUGCACGCUUGGAACAGCUGCAUGAAACUGUGCAGCUGGAGGCGCUGUGCCCAGCGGAGGGUGUGGAGAAACUAGCCUGCGUCCCGCGGCCCGCCUGGUCGCGCGAUCUGCCACCGCCGCCGAGUGAGCGUGAGAUCGCCGCACUUCUUGAGUCUGCGCGGCGGGAGAAUGCGGUGGCGGUGGAGCGUGGCGAGAAGCCGAUGAUAAGCAGUGACGGCGACAAGGAGGUUGCAUAUCUCCAGGAGAAGCUUCAGCUCGCCCUCGGCAGGGCUGAGGCACUCUUGUCGACGCCGACUGCUAUGCCUGCGCUUUCAGUGUCCUCUUCCUCUCUCCACGCUGCGCAUGUAAAAUGA